AUGAAAAAAUUACUGAAACUUGAACAGGCGAAUAACUUAACUAACAUAGAAACAUUGCGUAAUGUAUUUGUCAACGUUGAGACACAAGUGAGAAGUCUGGAAAAUUUAGAUGUCACGUCUGAAAAUUAUGGUCCGCUAUUAAUACCGGUACUUAUGUCGAAACUUCCAGAAGAGCUUAAUUUAAUUAUUACUCGUCAAUUUAACGACAAAGAUUGCUGGGAUAUGAAGUUAGUUUUAAGAGCGUUAAAAUCGGAGAUCGAACCACACGAUAACAACCCGUUUUCAUCAUUGGCAUUACCAGUUCACUAUUUACAUCAAUCGAACCGCGAUCUUCCGCACAAUCAGCAUAAUUAUCGCAAUCAUCAGAAUAAUCAGAAUAAUUAUAGAUGCAUAUUUUGUGACAAAUCGCAUAAAUCACAGCAAUGCCAAAUAAUCACUAAUUUCGACGCAAGGAAAAACGUGUUACGUGACAAGAAGAGAUGUUUUGUUUGUUUGAAAGGUGGAAAUUUAGCCAAGUCUUGUUAUUCUAAGAUUAGUUGUUUAAAGUGUUCGGGUAGACACCUUGUUGCUAUUUGUGAUAAGAAAAGGGACGUUGACCAAGGUCGUAGAGAUAAAGAUGGAACCGAACAAGAAAAACCAGAAAAUGUUGCUGGUGCCACUUCGUUGGUUACAAGUUCAAAUUCGUUCGACAUUCCGAGUUCCGUUAUGUUGCAAACCGCUAAAGUUAAAGUUGUUAAUACUACUGAUCCUUCAAAAAUUGAGAACACGAGAAUUUUGUUCGAUAACUGUUCCCACUUAAGUUACAUAUCGCCAGAGUUAUGUGAAAAAUUGCAAUUAAAGGUUGUUGGUAAGCGUGAGAUUUGCAUCCGUAUUUUUGGUAAACCUUCGUUCAAAGAAACUUUACAUAGGGUGCAGUUUUCAGUGAUUGGUUUAGAUGGAGAUAAAAUCAACGUUGAUUGUUACGUGAAAAAUAUUUGUCAUCCUUUAACAGGACAGAAUUUGAAGUAUAAACACUUGAAAGACUUACGUUUAGCUGACAGUAACUGCAAUAAUAGAGAUUUGGAUGACUUGUUGGGUGCUGAUAAUUAUUGGAAAUUUUUUUAUGGUAGUAUAGUUCGGGGUGCGGAUGGGCCAGUUGCUUUAAAUUCAAUGGUUGGCUACAUUGUAAGUGGGCGCAUAGGGUCGAGUGAAGGUAGUAGAAGUGCAGUCUUGGUAGCAAAUGUAUUGAAGAUUGGGGCUGAGUUUGUCGAAGAUAAGUUGGAUAAUCAGUUGGAAAAGUUUUAG